ACAGGUUUGCUUCCCUCUGAAACAAAGCAGACCAUCAUUCAUUAGCAUUCAAGUUAACUGAAAUUCUGAAACACAGAAUUGGCAUUCAAACAAAAUGAAUGACCAGCUUCCCUUUCUUUGAUAGCUUUAAAGCUCUAAAUAUUUUUCUCUGCCCAUGACCUAACUUAUUGUUUGGGAAAAUUAGCAACACAACAGUUUGGAUACUACAGCAUUAAAACAAAAUACAAAAACAUAAUGAGAUACGGCAGAAAAGUAUGAUUAUGCAUAAGAGUAUUUAGCUUCUGUUUUAACUGUCUAAUAAAGCAGUUGAUGUAUAAAUGUAUUUGAAUAACAUUUGAAACCAUAUCAUUAUAUUAUAUGCAAAAUCAGGUAAUUAGUUGUGAAAAUUUGUGGAAUCUCCCAGUGAUUAUUAAGAAUAUAUCUGAAUUUUUAAAAACCCUGACCUGUAAAAAGCAUAUGAAGAAGCUGAAAAAGGGAGUAGAAAAUUUUUUAAAGCAUUAAAAAAAACUCUUCUGGAAAGAAAGAGGAAUUUUGUCAUUUCGAAAAUGUAUGUGGAAUUAAAGAGGUAAUAAAGUUUGACAAUGGUAAAUUGAUCCAUUUCUAUGCAGAGACAGAAUGGGAACAUUCGUGGUUUUUGCCUGAGAUCGUUAAUAUUUUCUAGCACAUUUUUUAUUUCUAUCAGCAAUAAAAAUUUAUCCAAUGGUCAAAAGAAAGCCACAUUUAGAAUGCCAAAGUCCACUUCAAUUUGUUAAGUUACACUUUUAUAACCAGUAUUGAAACACUUAUUUUUUUCUCUCCAGUUGAUCUCUACAGACUUUGCAAAUUCUCACCAAGUAUUUUAUUUUUAUGGCAAUAUGUUCGUUUGCAUAAGUUCAACAAGAAUUUGUUCUCUUUGCAACAGGACACAAUUAGAAACUAAUUAUAUUACAAGGCUUUUUGACUGGAAUGUCGUAUUUUGAGAGAGACAUGGGUAGGCCCAGAUAUGACCUAAGGAAUUAAGAUUGAUUUUUUGGAGCCAAUAAAAUCCCCUUGUUAAAAACAGGCUGGCGCCUUGCUUACAUGGCUCAUGGUAGUUUUUGCAGGUAAGGAAUGAAGGUUUCUUCCUGGGAGAUGAAAGGAAAGAAGCUCAGGAUACACUGGGGAACUCAAAAAGAGAGAAAUUAACCCCAAUUUUAUAGGCAUUACAGGUGAAGUCUUCUGGCAAGUAUGUAACUUGGCUUAUUCUGGACUCAAGAGGCCUUUUUAAGUUCAAUCUGAAGAUUCCUUAUGAAAAUUUCCAGUAAAGCAGAUUUAAAAGAGCCUAUGUGGUUAGUUACUACUCUUGUUGAACUGAUACAAAUAAUCAGGCCACAUUUAUUGAAACUAGACUUGUUUUGCAAAUAAGUCUUAAUUUUGUUAUAGAGGCAGAAGUAAUUUUAGACAGAAAAAAUUGUUUCAGUUGAAACGAAACUAUCAUAUAUCUAUAUGGGUAUCAGGUUCUAGUGCAGGUCGUUGUGUUUUGAGGGUUUUUUUUCCACCAGUAAAUUAGACUAUAUCUUGAAUUUUUUAGUUUUCAUAAAUACAUGGUUACAACCCUCCAAACUAACAUUUUCAUUUUCCCAUCCAUUGACUGGGAAUCACUGAGAACUAAAACUGCUGCUGCAAGCUAAAGGCCACGCAAGCCAAAGUGGGAUGACUUGAUGCAGACUUCAGGAAAAUCACACAGCAACUCAUAGAGGGGCAUCUUCGUGCCAGAGACAUUCAAACUACAGACCAGGAAAGUCUGUCAGAUGUGUUUGAUGAAAAAUAGAUUCCUAAACAUGCCAAACCUGCAGAACAGGAAUAAAAGCUUCCAGUGAAAGCAUAAUGUUACCUUGAGAUAGAAGUGUUUUAGCUUGUAUGAGCAUAUUUCACUCUUGAAAAGAAAUGAGAUUACAUUUCAUUUCUGGAAGAUAAAUGCUUCAGGAAAAUUCCAUUCUUUUAUAAUAUCAUUAAGGAGCUAUUUGAAACGAGUCAGGCCUCUUGGUUAUAUAAAAUAAAGAAUGGCGUAUUGUCAGAAAACAGAUCUAAAUCCCAGGGAAUCCCAUGAAGAGCAGCAUGAACACCAGGAAUCGCAAUCCGUAAAUCAACCCCUUUUUCCUAGCCGAGUCAGUCUGGGUUUUGAUCAGCUGGUAGAAGAAAUCAAUAAUAAAAUUCCACUCUAUCAGAGUGAAAUUGAAGAAAACACUGUUUUUGUGCCCAGUUCACCAAACUGGGACUCAAAACAGCAUUCAUUAAAUGGAACACAGCAAAUAGCCUUGAAUGAAUUCAAUUCUGAAAGCUCAGAACUCUCUUGUCACCAAGAUGGGAAAACAGCCAUAAUUGGUUUUAGGCCUUCUGUGCUACCAAAUCCUCAAGACAUAAAUAAAGAAAGCUCUUGGGGAAAUUUCACAGGAAAACGUCGUGGUGCUGAUGAUUACAGAUGCAAUAUUUUAGCUCAGUCAUCUAUUAAUUUGCAUAAAAUGAAUUCACAAAAAGAAAAUAUUUUAGUUCCAUCAUCCACUAGUUUGGAUAAAAUUAAUCUACAGAAAGAAUGGGAAAAUAAAAGUCAUACCUACCAUAUAGGAUUUAAAAGUAGCAUUCCUUCCAUACAACCACCCUUCUCAAGUGACUUCAUGCCAGAAGAAGAGAACAAAAGGAACAGAGUUACAAACACUGUGGAACCUCCUUUCACGCUCUUCAAAGGGUCCUUCCUGCCCAGGAUGCAGGAAGGUUCGGGGCCUAAGAACACAGAGUCCAUAGAUUGUUCCAUUCAGCUAAUUGAAAUACCUCAAGGCAGUAAUAUGAGUCUGGCCUCCUUUUGUGACAAAGUAAAAAAAAUCAGAGCAACAUACCAUGCAGCUAACAUUGAUUCCAAUUCGGGGAAGAUCUGGAGCACUACCACAGCAUUUCCACAUCAACUUUUUUCUAAUACUAAGUUUAGUAUAAAUAUAUUUACUGAUAACUCAACACAGCCACUUUGUUUGAUGCCACAUGCUAAUUGUCUUGUCAGAGACCUAAUUACAGAAAUUCCACAUUUUCGCACAAAUGUCCAGUUAUUCCACAAAGAUUGUCUUCUAAGUAUAUGUGGCUAUGAAGAAUUCUUACAGAAUGAUCACUUUUUGGGGAGCCACAGAAUAUUUCAGAAAGAUAAAUCUGUUAUUCAACUUCAUCUGCAGAAAAAUAAGGAUGUUCCUGGAAAGUUAUCUCGAAAGCAUGAAGAUGACCACAGUCAGUUUUUUCUGAACCAACUUUUAGAAUUUAUGCAUAUUUGGAAAAUAUCCAGACAGUGCCUUUCAACAGUAAUCAAAAAAUAUGACUCCCAGCUGAAAUGCCUGUUGAAAACCAAGGAAAGUGUUCAUCUUCCACAGGGAGAACAUCAUAUGAUUAAAGAAAUUUAUAUAACAGAAUGUUUUAAAAAAGAUGCAGAGGAGAAACAUUUGCCACCAAAUUUCUCCAGUGUCCCAAAUAUUUUUAAGCAAAAUGUGGAAAAUAUCAUUGAAGAAGUUAAAAAUAUAUGCAGUGUUCUGGGAUGUGUGGAGAUGAAGCAAAUUACGGAUGCUGUAAGUGAACUCAAAUUGAUUCUACAGAGAAAACAGGAGAAUUUUCAUCAAGGAUUGGAGACUUCAGCUAAAGGCUUGAUAGAAACAGUGACAACUGAACUAUCCACAUCCAUCUACCAGCUAAUUGAUGUCUAUUGCAGCAGCUUUUAUGCAGAUUUCCAGCCUCUAAAUGUACCUGGUCAUGUUUCCUGUGUGCAUCCUGGGCUCCACUCCCACCUGAGCUUCAUGGUAUAUGCAGCUCACAACAUUCCAGAGACCUGGGUACAUAGCUAUAAAGCAUUUUCUUUUUCCUGUUGGCUUACUUAUGCUGGAAAGAAGCUGUUCCAAGUGAGAAACCACAGAAAUAUCCAAGUCAAAAAAUUGUUUUUUUUCUUGGUCAACUGGAAUGAAAUCAUCAAUUUUCCCCUUGAAAUAAAGUCACUUCCAAAGGAAUCCAUGCUCACUGUAAAACUGUUUGGGAUUAACCGUGCAACCAACAAUGCCGAUUUGUUGGCCUGGAGUUCUCUUCCAUUGUUUCCAAAAGACAAAUCAAUUCUUGGGUCUAUGCUAUUCAGCCUGACAUUACAGAGUGAGCCUCCUAUAGAAAUGAUAGCUCCUGGAGUGUGGGACACAAGUCAGCCAUCCCAAGUGACCUUGCAGAUUGACUUUCCAGCUACUGAGUGGGAGCACGUGAAACCUGAUUUUGAAGAUAAUAGAAGUAAUGCUGAGGAACCACCGAAAGAGUGUUUAAAACAUAUCGCCAAACUUUCACAGAAACAGUCUCCCUUACUACUGUCUGAAGAAAAGAGAAGAUACUUAUGGUUUUAUCGCUUCUACUGUGAUAAUGCCAACUGCUCCCUCCCUUUGGUCCUGGGCAGUGCCCCCGGGUGGGAUGAAAGAACCGUUUCAGAAAUGCACACCAUUUUGAGAAGAUGGAAAUUUUCUCACCCUUUAGAGGCACUUGGACUUUUGACUUCCAGUUUUCCAGAUCAAGAAAUUCGGAAAGUGGCAGUUCAACAAUUAGACAGCCUCUUGAAUGAUGACCUGCUGGACUAUCUCCCACAGCUGGUUCAGGCUAUCAAGUUUGAAUGGAACCUUGAAAGUCCUCUAGUGCAACUUCUAUUACACCGCUCAUUGCAAAGCAUCCAGAUCGCCCACCGGCUUUACUGGCUGCUAAAGGAUGCACAGAAUGAAGCUUAUUUUAAAAGCUGGUAUCAGAAGCUGUUGGCUGCUCUCCAAUUCUGUGCAGGGAAAGCCUUGAGUGAUGAGUUUUCCAAGGAGAUGGAACUUAUCAAAAUUCUGGGAGACAUUGGGGAAAAAGUCAAGUUGGCUAGUGACCCUCAGAGACAGGAGGUACUGAAGAAAGAGAUUGGCAGACUAGAAGAAUUCUUUCAGUAUAUAAAUACCUGUCAUCUUCCUCUGAACCCUGCCCUCUGUAUAAAGGGGAUUGAUUGCGAUGCAUGUUCAUAUUUCACAUCUAAUGCUGUGCCAUUGAAGAUUACUUUCAUCAAUGCUAAUCCAAUGGGCAAAAAUAUCAGCAUCAUUUUUAAGGCUGGAGAUGAUCUUCGUCAGGAUAUGCUUGUUCUGCAGAUUGUUCAAAUGAUGGACAAUAUUUGGCUGCAGGAGGGCCUGGAUAUGCAAAUGAUCAUUUAUAGAUGCCUAUCCACAGGAAAAGGCCAAGGAUUGGUACAGAUGGUGCCUGAUGCUGUAACCCUAGCAAAGAUCCAUCGCUGCUCUGGGCUGAUGGGACCGCUGAAGGAAAAUACCAUCAAAAAGUGGUUCAGCCAGCACAACCACUUAAAGGCGGAUUAUGAAAAGGCCCUGAGGAACUUUUUCUAUUCCUGUGCUGGCUGGUGUGUGGUCACAUUCAUCCUGGGAGUCUGUGACCGUCACAACGACAACAUCAUGCUGACAAAGUCAGGCCACAUGUUUCAUAUUGACUUUGGAAAAAUUUUAGGUCACGCACAAACAUUUGGAGGGAUAAAAAGGGACAGAGCCCCUUUUAUUUUUACUUCAGAGAUGGAACACUUCAUUACAGAAGGUGGGAAAAAUCCACAGCACUUCCAAGAUUUUGUGGAGCUUUGCUGUCGGGCUUAUAAUAUUGUCAGAAGACACAGCCGUCUAAUCUUGAACCUACUAGAAAUGAUGCUCCACGCGGGGCUGCCAGAGCUGAGUGGAGUCCAAGACCUGAAAUAUGUGUACGAUAACCUUCGUCCGCAAGACACAGACCUGGAAGCAACAAGUCAUUUUACCAGGAAAAUAAAAGAAAGUCUGGAGUGCUUCCCUGUUAAAUUGAACAACUUGAUUCACACACUUGCACAAAUGAUGACUGCAAGCCCUGCCAAAUCUACUUCACAGGAUUUGUCCCAAAAAUCCUGUACGCUGACUUCAACCAGGUCAAUUCAAAGAGCGGCAAUUUUAAGGUUCAGCAAGAAAACUCGUGCUCUGUAUCUAAUCCAGGUGACACACAGGAACAACGAAACAAGCCUGACAGAAAAGUCAUUUGAACAAUUUUCAAAGCUCCACAGUCAACUUCAGAAGCAGUUUCCAUCACUGACGCUCCCAGAGUUUCCUCAUUGGUGGCACUUACCUUUUACAAAUUCAGAUGACAAAAGAUUCAGAGAUCUAAACCAUUACAUGGCACAGAUAUUAACUGGAUCAUACGAGAUUGCAAAUAGUGACUGCGUUCUUAAUUUUUUCCUCUCUGAGCCUGUGCAACAAACACUUGAAGAAUCAUCAUCUUUGUUCCCAGGUGAGAAGUCUCCUGACAAGACGCCUAAAGUGCAGUUAGUCAUAUCACACGAAGACGCGAAGCUGACCAUACUAGUGAAACACAUGAAAAACAUUCAUCUCCCAGACGGCUCCAUGCCCAGUGCACAUGCUGAGUUUUAUCUUUUACCACAUCCCAGUGAGGUCCGUAGGAGGAAAACAAAAUCUGUUUCAAAAUGUACCGACCCCACAUACAAUGAAAUUGUGGUAUAUGAUGAAGUCACAGAGCUCCAAGGACAAGUCUUAAUGCUGAUUGUGAAGAGCAAAACCACAUUCGUGGGAGCAAUUAACAUCCAACUUUGUAGCGUCCCACUCGAUAAAGAAAAAUGGUACUCACUAGGAAACAGUAUAAUUUGACCACUGCUGUGAAAAUGUGCAUUAUUCAUUAACUGCUUGUGUUUUUUCACUUCUGGGCAUCUCUAUCAUGAGCAGGACAUUUUUUGUUGUGAAAGAUACUCUAGUAUAUUAAGGGCACAAGAAAAAGAAACCAGAAUCAAUCUUCUAUAAUCUGUUAGUCUCUAUCAGGAUUCCACUCUUUUUAAUUCUUUCUCCUUAAAUGGAAUGCCAUUUGUACAUAAUUCAAUAUGUAAAGUAAUAUAGGACCAUUCAUUUAAAGCAUUUUUUAAACCAAACAUAAGUUCACACUUUGUUUUAAUCAUGUGCCUAGUUAAAAGCAAUACUUUUCAUGUGUUUUCUAAGAAACAGGAAAAUAAAUAAAUCUCAUUAAUUUAAGACAUAAUUAUAUCUGCAAUAGAUUUUUAAAUUUGAAUUAUGUCUGGUUCUUUUACCUAGAGAGACAGAUCAGAUCAAAUAUUGCUACAACCAAUUUCCAAGAUGUUACUGCCUAUUUUGUCUUCUAGGAUUUUUAUAGUUUUGAAUCUUACAUUUAAGUCUUUAAUCUAUUUAGAAUUUAUUCUUGUGUGUGGUGUGACAAGGUGGUUGAUGUAGUUUCAUUUUUCUGCAUGUAUCUGUCCAGUUUCCCAACGCCAUUUAUUGAAUAAACUCUCUUUAGCCCACUGUAUGUGCUUGCUUCCUCUGUCAAUAUUGACUGUAAAGGUGUGGGCUUUUUCUGGGCUCUCUAUUCUGUCCCAUUGUCUGUAUGGCUGUUUUCAUGCCCGUGCCAUGUUGUUUGCAUUACUGUGACCUUAAAGUAUAGUUUGAUAUUAGGUAGUGUGAUUCCUCCAACUUUGUUCUUCCUUCUCAAGAUCAUUGUUGCUAUU